AGCCCCCGGCGUUCGCUCGCGGAACCUUUGACGGGAGUCCUCGGGCCAACCCGGGCAGAGCACCGGAAAGGACGACGUAGAAAGAGGAAAGGAGGAGAAGGACCGAGGAACCAUGGCUUGUGUCAUUGCUGUUUGCAGUGGUCUGGGGAGGAAGAAGUUAACGCACUUCAUAACUGCUGCUGCCAGCCUCCGAAAUCCAGGAACUCGAGCGGUGCUGUGGAGAAGUUGUUCACAGUAUAAACAGGUGACCAGCAAUGAGGAUCUGCCUAUCCCAAUGGAAAAUCCUUAUAAGGAGCCUCUUAAAAAAUGUAUCUUGUGUGGAAAAUGUGUAGACUAUAAGAAUGUACAGCUUUUGUCCCAGUUUAUUUCUCCAUUUACUGGAUGCAUUCAUGGAAGGCACAUAACAGGUCUUUGUGGGAAGAAACAGAAAGAAGUCACAAAAGCAAUUAAGAGAGCUCAAAUAAUGGGGUUUAUGCCAGUUACAUACAAGGAUCCUGCAUACCUCAAAGACCCUAAAGUUUGUAACAUUAAAUAUCGGUAGUAAAUUAUAUAAAGUUAUCAUCAAUAAAGUAUUUUAAAAUUAA